AUGUCACAAUACAAAAACCUCGUUUUAAUCACUGGCGCCAAUCAGGGCGUUGGCUACGAGACUGCCAAGAACUUGCUCCUAUCUUCCGUCAAAUACCAUGUCAUCUUGGGCUGUCGAGAUGAAGCCAAGGGCGAAGUAGCAGCAGAAGAGCUACGGUCGAUGGAGGAUAUCAAAGGAACUGUCUCCAGUAUGCAAAUUGAUGUGACAGACGAUGAUUCAGUCGACGCUGCGGCCCAGACUCUGGCCUCUGAAUGGGGACGACUGGACAUCCUGGUUAACAACGCUGGUAUCGUCUCCAUGGCCAGUCCUCCAACACGCGAGACCUUCCGGAAUAUCCUCGAAACCAACCUCGUCGGCGCGUUGAGCGUGACAGAAGCUUUUCUCCCUCUACUACGCAAGGCUGAGCAUAAGCCGCCGCGUCUCAUAUUCGUCACAUCUAGCACAGGCUCUAUCGCUCAUGCCUCCAAUCCGGACUCCCCACUCCAUAAUCCAGGGGCUGCCGAGUAUCGCUCCAGCAAAGCCGGGUUGAACAUGCUCAUGGCUCUAUACAACGUCCGACUCAAACCUGAGGGUUUCUUGGUAUUAGGAGUGGACCCGGGGCUAUGUGCCACGAAUUUCACCGGCGAUCCUGAGUCGCUAAAGAACCGAGGAGCGGCGGAGCCUGUUGAGGGGGGAGACCGAGUGGCCCGUGUUAUCAGAGGAGAGAAGGAUAGUGACGUUGGGAAGGCUAUUGGAGUAGAUGGAGUAGACCCAUGGUGA